UUUAGGGGUACAAGUAGCCGAGCUCAUAUUCGAGCUGCUAAUCUCUCUGUACCUCUGGACCCUCUCUAACAGUACAGCCUGUUCUACUUCUCCUAGCUCGCGUAGGUACUAUAUCAUAGUUCACUGCUUCCUUUUGCAGCCUAUAAAGGACAGGACGGGAGGAAACAGUUCGUCUAGCCCAAGUUUGGAAUGUACAAAGCUCAAUAGUUCAGUCAGAGCCAAGAACGUUGCUACGAGGAGACUAAAGAGCCAGUGAAGGCCUUACUUCUUAUUGGAGACUGGUAAAGAGUUUGAGGAACGUUAUCAUGAAUACUGACAUUGACAACAGCUUGGUUGGACUUUCACAGGAAAAGAUGCAGAAAGUAUCUUCUUUUAGGACAACUGCUAAUGCCACUCUAGCCAAGACCUCGCUGCCCUCCAUGACGGUUGGACAAGCUGUCAAAUAUUUAUAUGCAUCAAAAUUCGAUUCAAAAAAAGCUGAAGAUAUUUUCCAUCGCUAUCAAGAUUAUUAUAAGGAGUUCAGUCUAUCGGAUCUUGCGCUAAACAAACAUUCACUUAAUACAGAGAUCAGGUCAAAGAAACUAGAGAUACUGGGAGCUCGUGACAAUGAUGGAGCUCAGAUCCUACUGUUCACAGUAAAGAAGCACAAAGGAGGAGAGAGCAAGACUGCAGUCCAGCUUCUCUUCCUACUCUUAGAUCAGAUAUCAGAGAGCAAUGGGACCAUGACCAAAGGAGUGACACUACUGGUUGACCUUCAGGAGUGUCCCCAGACUGUGUGUGACAUGAAAUAUGUCACUACAAUAUUCAAUAUAUUAAAUGGUGGCUAUCCCUUAUACUUGAAUAUGGUGUACAUACUGGAGGCUCCUUCGUGGUUUAAGAUGUCACGUGAGCCGGUCUAUCAGAGCUUAAGCAAAGCUGGAAAGGUAAAGAUGCUUUCCCUAAUUGAUCUAUCAUCAGUGAUGUCCCCCUCGUCUCUACCCACUAAUCUUAAGUUUCCUUUCAAGCCGUCAGCUUCAUCAGGUUCUUCGGCUAAUGCCUCUCCCUCACGGAAUAAGUCUCCGCCCAAGUCUAACCCUCCAGUAGCCCCGCCCCCUAGAGUCGACAAGCCGAUGAAGAAGCAGCUCUCUGAGCCAACGAUAGCUCAACAAAAAGCAGAAGAAGAGUCGGAGGCCAUGAGCGGUGUUAAUGUGAGCAAGAUGAUGCAAGUGUUUCAAGGUCAGGCCUCAACCUCUCCCCCUCCUCCUCCCCCUCAUGCUGCCAAAGCACACCCACUAGGAAGAGGAGGGAAGCUACCUCAAGUUAACGGUACAGCCCAUCAACACAGCAACCAGAAACACUCGAAACCAUUUGGAGCAAGUCCUGCUUAUCCCCUUCAGCCUCCAAAGACCAGUAGUAGUAGCAGUGGUGGUGGUGGGGUACCUCAAUAUGACGUAGUGGGUCCCUCUCCAUCCAACACUUCCCCCGUUAGGAACGUGUCCCCUCCCUCAAAAUAUCCUCCUCUAUUCCCUCCUCCCUCCUCCGUUCCUCCUCCCUCUUACUCAGCUCCUCCUCCUCCUCCCCCCUCUUCCUCUAAACCCUCUAGACCGGUUGUCUCUCAUAAGCCGGUCUGGUUGAAGUCCUCCAAAGUUCCUGAUACUGAGGAAGUGCUCGCUCACGUCUCAUACUCGGCUGAAGAGGUUGGGCCCCUUCAUGAUGAUGAAGACUCAAUAGAUGGUCCCAUGUCUCGAGAUGAUUCUGAGAUCAGCUCCAGCAGUAGUGGAAUGAGCUCGUCAAACAAGCAAAAAUUCUCUCCUUCGGUCGGGAAAAGAUUUUUUGCUAAUUUUGGAGCUGAAGGUCUUUCUAAGGUUGGCGGAGCCGGAAAUAAGAUUGCACAGGUUUUUAAAAAGAAGGGGGCGGAGUCUGAUAAGAAACAAACUUCAGCAGCUUCUACUGAUGAAGACUUCUCUGCUGACUCAGGAGAAGGAGGAGUAGCUAGUAAAAAGGUGGAGAAAUCCGGUAAAUCCCGUGUCCCAGUAAAGAUAUUUGGAAACAAGAAAGAAGCACCGGAUCAAAUUGAUUUAGCUGUCAAGAGUGAUAACCAUGCCUCCGGCCAGACUCCUCCUAUGUCUAAAUCAAGCCGCUCUCACUUGACACAAUACGACAGUGUAUCAGUCAAACCAACCAGACCGAUGGAAAAAAUUGCGGCCCACGAUACAAACCAUGCCCAAGCCCCACCUACCCAAACACAUCCUUACAAGGUAACUGUGAUACGAGACAAGGGUCCUUUGUCGCCUCCUCCUUUAAAGACUGCUCCUCCGGAAUAUGCUGCCAUUCAGAAACCUCAUCCAUCGAAACACGCCCAUCGUUCAUUGACCCCACCCCCUUCCCUCCCUCCUCAGUACAGUGAUGAUGCUUUAUUGGAUGAUGAGGAUGAGAGAGUGGGUGUGGCUCCAUUGCAUCCCAAGAGACCAGACAAGAGGAACGCUUAUGAAAACAUAUGCUUUACAGUUGAUGAAGACGAGGGUGAGAUUUUAAGUGCUGAGUCAACAAGAAAGGACGAGAUAAUAUACGAGAACUUUGGUCCUGAUAAAGGGAACAGGUUCAUGAGUGCGAGUGAGCUUGAGGCCUAUGUGAACGAGAAGGGGAUCAGAGGAUUGUCUGAAGAGUAUUUUAAAAUAAAGAAUGAGCCAGUCACUGGAAAAGCUGAUUAUUUCAGGUUGCCGUGUAAUUCAACUAAGAAUCGUUACAAAGACGUCAUUUGCUAUGACAGCACUAGAGUCACACUCAACUCCAUCCCUGAUACUGAGGGUUCUGACUAUAUACAUGCUAACUAUUGCAAUGGAUACCAAAAGCCAAAGGGAAUUAUCCUAACACAAGGUCCACUCAAGAGAACUGUCAAUGACUACUGGAGGAUGCUUUGGGAGAAGGAAGUGUUUGUGAUUGUUAUGGCCACCAAAUGUGUUGAGAUGCGUAAGUUAAAGUGUGCCCAGUAUUGGCCAGAUGGUCUCAACACUGUUGCUCAGUUUGGUGACAUUAGUGUGUCUGUUGUCAAUGACGUGGUGGAAGGAGCCUAUCAAUUCAGACAGUUUGUGGCAUAUAAAAAUGGCGAAACAAGACACCUAAUGCACUACCAGUUCCUGGGCUGGCCUGAUUACGGUGUACCUGAGAAUGGCUCUGAUGUCAUCGACGUCCUUGACGCUGCCCGCAGCAUGCAGGGAUGCUUCUCAGAGUAUGUCACUGACCCUGAUCGAUUCCCACUGCAUGGUCCCCCAAUGGUGAUACAUUGCUCCGCUGGCAUAGGGAGGAGUGGGACCUUUGCUUCAUUGGAUUAUUGUAUUGAUGAGUUACGAAUGACUAAUAAGGUUAAUGUUCAGGAGUGCGUGAGGCUUUUACGGCAGCAGAGAGCCUUCUCGAUUCAAACUGAUGAGCAGUAUGCCUUUUGUUAUAAAACUGUUUUGGAGUACGCCCUGUAUCUCAAAGCCGCCUUGAAGAGGUGAUGCUUGUGUUUUUUCUUUCUACGUUUUUCUUUUCUCCUUUCUCCCUGUUCAGUUUUGUGUUUCUCCCCCUCUUUUCAUUCCUUUUUCUCUCUCCAUAGCAUUUAUGGUUGUAAUAUAUAUAAUUCUAAUUUUGGCUCUGUCUGAGCUUUGUUGGAUGAAAUCAAUGUUUUACUUCUUAUUGCUUUCUAUUAUUUAGUCUUUUUUUUAUUAUUUUUAACCUGAUUUCACUGCAAGCAAUAAACUUUGAAAUUAUGAUGUAUUUUACUUAUGAUCAUUAUCAUUAUUAUUGUUAUUAAUGCUGUUUAUAUCAACUUUGCCAAUGAUGAAUGAUAAAGGCCA